AUGCAUCUCCUCGCCACGGUGUUUGCCGCGCUGGCGUCCAGCGCCGUGGCAUCGUACACUAACAACAUCAACUACUUGUCCCCCUCAAAGCACCACCCUUCCCUUGGCAUCUCGAUCAACAAGGUCGCCGCCCGCCACCGACUGCACGGCCGUGACCUCUCGCGCACGGCAUGGGACCCCAAGACGCUCGAGUUCUCCCACGGCGUCGCGUCGGGAGAUCCGGCCGUAACCAGCGUCGUGCUCUGGACCAGGGUCGCCCCGAUCGGUGCCGAGAACGACAGGAGUACCGUCACCGUCUCGGGCGACGUGCCGCCGUACAGCCACGAGACGGAGAGGUGGGUUAACGCGAGUGCCGCCCCGGUCUGCCUCGAGUGGAAGAUCGCGACCGACGCAAAGCUCGAGUUCCCAUCAGACAAGGGCACGGUAUUCACCAGUUCCGAAAUCGACUGGACCGUCAAGGUGAUCGCGUCCAAGCUGCAGACCUUUACGACCUACUACUACCAGUUCAACAUCUGCGACUCGGACAACAAGUCCCCGCUGGGACGGACCAAGACUCUCCCCAAGAGGAGCACCGGCCUGAGUGCAUACGUGCGCAAAAUCCGGGUCGGGGUGUAUUCGUGCAGCAACUACCCGCAGGGCUUCUUCAACGCAUACGGCAACGCCGUCAACAAGGACUCGAUCGACUUCGUCGUCCACCUGGGUAACUACUUCUACCAGUACCCAAACGGCUACUACGGCUCGGGCGACGAGCUGGGCCGGGUGCCGCAGCCGAACAAGGAAAUCGUCAGCCUGUACGACUACCGCACGCGCAUCGCGCAGUACCGGACCGACGACGGCCUGCGCCGCAGCCACCAGCAGUUCCCCUGGAUCCCCGUGUGGGGCGACCACGAGGUGCCCAACAACGUGCACAAGGGCGGCAGCGCCGAGACGAACAACGCCGAGGACUCCUUCGUCAAGGACGGUGAAGUCUCGGCCGACCAGCGCAAGAUAAACGCGGUGCGGGCCUACUUCGAGUGGAUGCCGAUCCGCCAGGUCGACAUGGACGACAACCUCCGCAUCUGGCGCAGCUUUGAGUUCAGCGACAUGUUCGACCUGAUCAUGCUCGACACGACGGCGUACGACCGCUCCACUACGGACCUGGACAGGAACACCGACCACGUCGACAAGAUCAAGGGCGACGCGUCGCGCUCGCUCUUGGGCCCCAAGCAGGAGGCCUGGUUCUAUCAGAAGCUCAAGGAGAGCUCGUCCAAGUGGCGACUGAUAGGGUCACCGGUCAUGUUCAGCCACACCAUGGUCGGGCGCAACGGCGAGGUCAACGUCGACGCGUGGGACGGCUACGAGGCCAACAGGAACCGCACCUUUGAGACGCUGUACGACGGCCGAGGCAUCGGGAACAACAUCUUCCUCGCCGGCAACGCGCACGCCUCGUGGGUCUCGGAUGUCGUCUGGGACGGCGUCAAGCCCUACAACUCCCAGACUGGCGAGGGCGCCAUCGGCGUCGAAUUUGCCGGCACCGCCGUGACGUCGCCGAGCAGCUACGUCGGUCAGAGCGGAACGCUGGACGCGGGGAAUGCCGCUGCGGAAAUGCUGGAGGGCAUGAACCCUGCGCUGCAGUGGCAGGAGUCGUACUUUCGCGGGUACUUUGAGCUGACCAUCAGCUACGCCGACGUCACAGCCCAGUUCUUUGGCACGCCGGACGUCAGGAGUAAUAACGGACUCGAGAUCUCGCUCGCCAACUUUACCGUCAUGGGCGGGGAGAACAGGUUGAAGAGGGAUGCCGACGGAAAGGUUGGCGGUGGUCAGGUCGAGGCGGGGAGUCUAAAGGGAGGAGAGAUGGUGGCGACAAAUCUGACGCACGAUACCAGGACUGGCGAGUGGAAGGUAAUGAAUUGGUAA